AUGUUGGAUCACGUAUUCUCCAGAUUCACCCUGUAUCCAAACAUGCCUCAAGCCGUGUCACAUGCUCGUUUUCAGGCGACUUUUCCAGGAUCAACGCUUGCAGGGCCAACGUACGUUGACAAUACAUUUCCAAGCGUCACAACUUUCAACCGAACAGAUAUGGGGAAGACUCCUUUAACUUUCCCAGAUAAUGUUCCUUUGGGACCGAUAGGCGAUAAUCCGCAGCCGCAUAUCGUGAUGGAAGAGAGAUUGGGGGGACAAACUCAUAAUCCCAUCCCAGUCGAGCCAAACGUCCCCAGAAAAGAGAGGUUGGGGGAACAGGCUCAUAAUUCCAUUCCUGUAUUCGACCCUGUUCCACCCAGAGUAGAUCCGGAGGACAUCGCUCAAGUCUUGCGGGUACAUUUCGGAAUGAAUCCGCAAACGAUAAACCGACCGGUGUAUCAGAGGCCAUUUCCGGAAAGAAUCAUCAACGAUUAUCCUCUCUCGAGGAGUUAUCGAUCGCCAGACUUUCAUGUUAUCUCAGGAGAAGACGGAUCCUCCACCAUAGAGCAUGUUGGUCGGUUCACAGCACAGUUAGUGGAAAUCGGUAACAAUCCUUUCUACAAAUUACAACUGUUUGGAAUGUCUCUCACCAGGACAACAUUUUCAUGGUUUGUAAAUUUGCCACCUGGGCAAAUACAAAUGUGGGAGGGUUUGGAGAUGGCUUUUCAUGCUAGAUUCUUCACUCCUUUGCCGAUUGUUUCUCUUACUGAUUUGUUGGAAUUAAAACAAUAUCCAGAACAGUCAGCUUCACAGUUUAUCAAAAGGGCCACUAGAGUCUGA